AAAGAAAACAUCCUGUUUCCGGUCUCAGUCUGAAAGAAAAGUAUUCACAAUCGUUUAUUAGUGGUUCGGAAUUGGAGGAGGUGAAGAUGGAUGUUUUUAAAGACAAGCUCUCCGCGGUCAUUGAGCAAGCAUUGAAAGCUGCCGUGGACACGGUGAUCAGUGAAAUCACACAGCUGGUCGGUAACGAAUUCGCGGAUCUGUCUGAAAGAGUGAAAGAAAUGAAACAGCUGAGGCGUCGAUUGGAAACAUCCGAGCGGGAGCUGAAACAGCUGCGCGGGUAUUUCAAAACCGCAGAUAAGAACAGCGGUGUCACACAGCCUGGAGUGAGCUGCCUUGAGCGCGACUUCCAGUCACACAGUCCGGGAGGAGACGAUCCCGAGAAGGAAAGCGGCGAUGUUACCGGAGUGAACGCUUCACUCUUCAAUGAAGCACAGAGCGGGUCCCAGCGUCUGUGCACCAGUCAAGCAGCUCCGUCGAUAAAGGACUGGCCCCUGGUUUUAUUAAUCACACCAGAGAUCGUCACUGAAGAUAACAACCAGGAGUUACUGAUCUCUGACCAGAGUGUUGACACGUGGAUCCGAAGUAUUGUGGACAGAGCGGGAAUAGAGAAAGAGGCUCAAGAGGAAACUGUUCAUGAGAACGUAGCUUUACAGGCUCCAGAGCAGCACCUUCACCAGGAAUACUGUGCAGUUCAGAGUGAGGCUCCGCAGGGAUCUGUUCAGAGUGAGGCUCCCCAGGGAUCUGUUCAGAGUGAGGCUCCCCAGGGAUCUGUUCAGAGUGAGGCUCCCCAGGGAUCUGUUCAGAGUGAGGCUCCCCAGGGAUCUGUUCAGAGUGCUGAAGAGGUCCCGCUGCAGGGCCGCAGCCACGCUGAAGAGCAAGUCACUGAAGUGGAGUCUGUGUUCAUUAUUGAAGGUGUCCGGGAAUCACCAGCUGCCCACAUUAAAGAAGAGCUCCCUGAACUGGAAUCUGUCAGUAAUUCCAAAGAUGUACCUGACAUGGAGUCGCUUCAAAUGAAAGAGGAAAUCACUGAAGAGCACAAUAAUAAUGAGGAGGAUGAUAAUGAUGGAUCCAUCCAAUGUAAAGAAGAGGCGCAGGCUGCUAAAGAACUCAGUGCUGGUGCUCACAAUGAAAGCACUGCACUUGGUGAAGUCAGACCAGAAGGUCCUGUCCACGGUAAUGGGCAGGUCUCUAAUGACAGGAGCACAGAUGAUACAGAGAAAGAGAAAGAGAGCAGCUCCAUGGAGAACCUGGGCAACAAGGACUGUGAAGAAAGAGGAGCGAUCACCACAACCAGCGUGACCUCUUGUGAAGUGGCUGAUAAACGAAAGCCUGAUUCCAAUCCAGUGCUUCCCUGCAAAACCUCUCCUCAUGAAAAGAAGCUGAAGAAGAGCAGAACUAAGACUGAGAGACAAGAGAGUGUGAAAUCCCGUCCAGAGAGGAAGAAGAGGCUCCCGUCCCCACAGCCUGGACCCGGAGCUUCAGGGAGUGCGGACAGUUCUGAACAGGCUUUGCAUCUCUGUGCUACAUGUGGGAAGGGCUUCAGCAGGAAACAGUACCUCACCUGUCACCAGCGCAGCCAUUCACGCGCAACUCCCCAUCGCUGCACCAUCUGUGGCGACCACUUCAAACAGCUGUGCCACCUGAAAACACACCAGCGAUUGCACCAGAACAAGAACUCCUUCCGCUGUAAUGAAUUCAACAAGAGUUUCAUUGAACUGGGCAAACUCAAAACACACCAGAAAAUCCACAAAGGAGGCUCUCCCCACCACUGUAAAGAAUGUGGGAAGAGCUUUGCACUUUUAAACUUCCUGAAGAGACACAAAUGUAUUCGUGGCACGGAGAGCCCUUUCCGCUGCAGUGAAUGUGGGAAGUGUUUCGCCAACAGAAUUACCCUUGGAAGACAUGCUCAAGUUCACACAGGAGAGAAACCCUAUCAUUGUAACGAAUGUGGGAAGACUUUAAUGGACAUAGGAGGACUUAAAAAACACCAGCGAGUUCACACAGGAGUAACACCCUACCUCUGUACUGCGUGUGGGAAGAGCUUCUCUCAGAUCGGGAGCCUGAAAGUACACCACAGGACCCACACCGGAGAGAAGCCCUUUUACUGUAACACCUGCGGGAAGUCUUUUAAAGAGACAAACACUCUUCUCAAGCACCAGAAACUGCACACAAAGUAAACCCUUUGAAACAGCUGCCAUCAAUCAAAUAGGGAGUGAAAACCUAUAGCCCUGUGCCAGGAUACAUGGAAAUAAAGGAAUUUAUAGGAAAGGAAAUAGCACCAUAUUCUGUUCUGUGUCUUUCAUUGAGAGAUAAGCAGUGUUCUAGCCCUUAACGGAGAAUGAAACAGAUACAAACAGGAAAUAAAUGAUUUGGUUAACAAUAGUAGAAACUGAAAAAAAAUAAAACUGAGAAAGGAACACACCAAAAACGAAACACAAAUCAUAAGAGUAAGCAGGGAAUAAAUGAUUCUUUUAAUAUCGCCGUUUCUCACUGAGUGGUUCAGACGUCAGUCAGCAUCAUACUGGAUGGCUUGUCCGCACUGUGACAGGUCGUAGGGCGCCAGUUCUUUUGGGAGUAGCUCAGCGUGUUGUUUUGUGUAUCGGAGCCUGUCGAGUUACACAUGUAGAAAAACAGUGGUCUGUUCUGCAAUGAGUCUGCAGCGCAGAACGAGAGAGUGGAAGCUCUGUGUGGGACUCUUUCAGAACAGCGGCAUUGACCAUGAAAGCAAAUGUCUUGAUUUAAUGAGCCUGAAGAUAUGUGGAGUGAAGCUGAAAGGCAUCAACUCCAAGAGCAGAGCUGUGGGGAGCCGUGUCGGGUGAAUAUAAAAAAGGGAAGAAGCUUUGAGUGAAUGUGCUUCUGGAGACUGGCCUACCAAUUAGAUUGUUUGAAGAACCAGCCUCUUCAAGAUUCCUGUGGGAUACUUGACUCCCAAGUUCAAGGUCCCAGAUUCUUCCAAGACUAGCAGUCAGCUUGCGCUACGUAUGGACGGGGGGCAGCCCUCGCAGGACAACGCUUUGCAUUGCAGGAGCAAGAAAGGGCUGAGAAAUAAACAUGGAGUCUGAAGAGUGUGAGUCUGACUUUCUCUUCAUGGGGUCUGAAGAGUGUGAGUCUGACUUUCUCUUCAUGGAGUUUGAAGAGUCGAUGCCUUUCUCUUCAUGG